GCCUUCAUAUCUCCGCGUGGAUCUACGGUCGCUAGCGUAGCAAAAGGGUGCUCAAAGCUAACAGCUGUAAACAAUGGAGCAAACGGCAAUCUACAAACAUAAAAUGAACAUCCAUAGCUGUACACUUGCUUUAGGGGUCGGCAUGGCACAAGAAACAACAAGAAAGUAAUAAAUAAAGCAUUAUGCAAAAGACGCUAAGCUGCCUUAACUAGCUUGAACUUGGGCAGCGCCAUUUUGAAACACUAGACCUCCGCAUCAAAUCCAGGCUAUGUUGAUAUGAACGAUAUCCUUGUUUUAUACAAAAGCAUUAAAAGCAUUUGCUAGGAAGAUAUGUUUAGAUGGAUGCUAUUUCUCUGUUUAGGAGAAAAAAAUUGAAUGACAUAACUGCACUCUGCUUAUGGUUGUUUACAUUCAAAAAUCACAAAAUUGUAUGGUUUCAUUCUAAUUAUUUAUGUUUGUUAUACAUAACCGGAUGUGACGUUUACGCCUAUGUGCAUUGCUAAUUUUUUACGUAGUUCUGUCUUCAUGAAUAAGGGUGAUAGGAACAUCCGCAUGCAAGUCUUUUAAACAGGAACUUAUUCAACAUAUGGGAAACACCGCCAUCUUGUGUUUGAAGACAUCCACUUCCCUCUCCCGCUAUUACCACACACCACGUGACGAGGUUUCCUGUCACAGCGACAGGAAAAUUCCACUUGUGGGCAUCAUAUUGCCGUAAGUCCUAACUUCUUGUGAAAUGAAGGCUUGGUCAAGAGUCUUCGUUUGACUUGUGGAAAUAAAAGACACGGUGUGUUGCACGUGAAGACACACUACGACACAAUGAGUCCAGACUGGGAGAGGAAGUUCUACACCGCUUUGCUAAUCACACUGAACGGUGUGGCAGGGUUUGCCUUCAACGUGCGGAUAUCCUGGACCGGCUCAGUGACAGCUGGUUCGAGUACUACGUUCACGUGCUCGUCGUCUUGCUUUGUAAACUGUACGUACUCCUGGUCCUUAAAGGGUCACAGGGUCAACGGGAGUACGCUAAUCUGGGCCCCGGAUGGACAGGACCGCUCAAUGGCGCUGCAGUGUACCGUCCUCAGCCUUAAAACGGGAGUCACCAGCAGCGCGACCUCCAUUGUGGACAUUACAAAUCCAGUGUCCGUGCAAAUCAGUCCACCCGGUUCUGUCCCGUCUCUGAACCGUCCCCUGGAUCUGCUGUGCCAUGUUGCUGGAGAACUGCAUCCCACUGUCUCUGUACAGCAGGAGGUCAGGUGGUACAAAGAUGGCCAUAGAUUGGCUUCAGUUGAAAAUAUACUCCAUUUUGACUCACUGCUACCAUCUGAUGGUGGAUUCUACCAGUGUGAGACUCUCCUACCCCAGAGUAGAGUCCUCAGUCUGGGCUACCUGCUAAGCUUCGAUCAAUGGAACGUAAGCAUCAACGGUCCUGACACCGUCUUUCCAGGUCGAUUGAGCACAUUCACCUGCAUAAUGACUUGUACUUUAAAUGUGGACUGCACCGUGAGGUGGCCGUUCAAGGGAGGUUUCCCCCUAGGAAGUUACCUCUCGGUGCAUCACAAUGAACUCUCGUGGAUACCGUCCGUGCCCGGCUCAUUCCAAAAUUUCACAUGCCUUAUUGAAAACAAAGCAGCUGGACGCUCGGCUGAGGCUACCAAGAUGGUGGAAGUUAAAGGAAUCCCACUUUCUGGAUCCUUAAAACUUACUGGACUACGCACUGUGAUUUUAAUCCUGGCUCUGCUAGUCAUGACUUACUAAUGAUUGGUGUUGUUUACACUUUUACUGUUUUUUUUGUUUUAAUUUCUAUGUAUUUAUUUUUAACAUAAAUUUCAAAACUCAAUUUAAUAAAUUGACUUUUGUAAUGUUAAUUUUCAAUAAUUUGUACUUUUAAGUAUUUUAUGUCAAGUGCGGUAUGUUUCAUGAUUUAUUUAGAUUUAUUGACAUUAUAUUUUCCGUCAUUCAUUCAUUCAUUCAUUUUCUACCGCUUUUUCCUCACGAGGGUCACAGGGGUGCUGGAGCCUAUCCCA